AUGGUGUGCGCCAACAGCAUCUACAAGACGGAGAACGAAGACGUGCCGUACGGCAUGUUCGAUUGCUUCGCUUUCCGAACAAAGAAGAACGACACGUUCAAUGCAGGGGAGUGCCCCAUGGAUAAAGAGCAGGGCAUGAAGCUGUGGGCCAGCUACGACUUGGUCCCGGUGCACUCGUGCUUCGGAGGGCUGGCCCUCUACAGGCCAGAGGCGCUGUUCCGGUGCCGCUAUGACCCAGCAGCGUACGACUGCGAGCACGUGCCGCUCCAUCAGUGCAUGCGCAAGCACGGAAGCGAGAACCGGAUGUUCAUGGACACGCUGUUGACGACCGCUUACGUCGUCAAAGGGCAUGAAAGCAGCUACGACGAUUCUCUCCAUCAAAGGUGUGUUGCGGGCGGUUGA